GCGGGGCUGCUGCGGUCGUCUCGGCCCGGCUCAGCGCAGCCGCUUGGCUCCUUGGCUCCGCGCAGUGGCCCGCUUUCCAGCACCUCCCGCUUAUAGAAAUGGGACGCCGGUCAUCAGACACUGAAGAAGAAAGCAGAAACAAGAGAAAAAAGAAACACCGUAGACGGUCAUCUUCCAGCAGUUCUUCAGAUAGUAGAACAUACAGCCGAAAGAAAGGUGGAAGAAAAUCAAGAUCAAAGUCUAGAUCUUGGUCCAGAGAUCUUCAGCCUCGUUCACAUUCUUAUGACAGAAGACGCAGGCAUCGGUCAAGCAGUAGCUCUUCUUAUGGCUCUAGAAGAAAACGAAGUCGAAGUCAUUCAAGGGGUCGAGGGAAAUCUUAUAGAGUUCAGAGAUCGAGGUCUAAAAGCAGAACAAGAAGGUCCAGGUCAAGACCUCAUCCACGUUCCCAUAGUCGAAGCAGUGAAAGGUCCAGUCACAGAAGAACCCGUAGUAGGUCCUGGGAUAGAGAUCGACGUAAAGGCAGAGAUAAAGAGAAAAGAGAAAAGGAUAAAGGCAAGGACAAAGAAUUGCACAUCAAACGUGGGGAAACUGGAAACAUCAAAGCUGGAUUAGAACAUCUGCCACCAGCUGAACAGGCCAAAGCCAGACUACAAUUAGUUCUUGAAGCUGCUGCAAAAGCUGAUGAAGCACUGAAGGCCAAAGAGAGAAAUGAGGAAGAAGCAAAGAGAAGAAAAGAGGAAGACCAAGCCACCCUGGUAGAACAGGUGAAAAGAGUAAAAGAAAUUGAAGCUAUUGAAAGUGAUUCUUUUGUUCAGCAGACAUUCAGAUCAAGUAAAGAAGUCAAAAAGUCAGUGGAAACUAAUGAAGUGAAACAUACAACUUCAGUAUCAGGACCAGCAUCUGUAGUUGCUGAUCCACCCAGUGUGGAAAAAGAAAUAGACCCUAGCAGCAUCCCUACUGCUAUCAAGUACCAAGAUGACAAUUCUCUGGCUCAUCCAAAUUUGUUUAUUGAAAAAGCUGAAGCUGAGGAAAAGUGGUUCAAGAGAUUAAUUGCUCUCCGACAAGAGAGAUUAAUGGGCAGUCCUGUGGCCUAAGUAAUAAUACACUGAUGGUUAAAGCAACAGUAACUUUGAAAAUUUAGGUUUUUGAAUCCCAAUAUUAACUUUUAGUCUUAAAAAGAACUUAGCUUAUUAUAUAAAAAUGUAAUAUCAUUUCAUCCUUCUGUCAUGUAGGCUUGAAUAUUCAUUGAUUUGAACUGAAUCAAACAUUGUGAAUAGCAAAACUAGAAUAAAAUUUUAAAAUGCA